UGAAAAAGUGCAGUUUGAAGCUGUUGCGCAGACAAAUCGCGAGAGGUGCACAGAAUUCUUCGACCGAUCGCAGUAGGCAAAACCCCCCCAGUAAAGUGAAAGGCCAGACAAGAAAACCCGGAAAAUACACCCCAAACUGGUAUACUUCAAACGCAAAAUAAACAAGAAAAGAAGUGAAACGAGUGUGUUAUCCCCAAUGGCCAAAUAAACGUCAGCACGUGUUUGUGUGUUUAUGUGUGUUUGUGUGCGUUAUAGGUAACGUGUGUCCGUGUCCAAUGUGUGUACGUGUGUCUAGAUGUGUAGCGUCCGGUAAACCACAGUGCGGGUGGUAAGCAGUGCAGUGUGCAGCAACGGCGGCAAACAUCAUCAUAACCGCAACAGCGGCCCCCGGCAGCCGCUACCAGCCCACCGCGUGCUCCGGCACCAGCGCCCCCGGUGGCGGGAGCCGCAAGCUGAGCUUCAACAUCGGCAAGAUGGAGCACGCCGAUUUAGUCGCCGAGAUGGCUCAGGUCGAGCAUCUCUCCACGCAGGACCGGCUGCAUCUCGCGCGCAUGCGCCGAGCACAGCAGCUAAAGGUUGCAAAACAGAAGGAAAAAGAAUGGCUAAAAGCGCAACGGAGCCGGGACCGUAUGGGGACGCAAACGUCCUCUUACAAGCGACACAUCACGUUCGAGGAUAGCGUUGUCCUGUUGGAGGCCGCGGCACGAAAUGAUAUAGCAGAGGUGGCCAAGCUGCUCCAGAAGGGUGUCACACCGGAUGCAACGAACAUGGAUGGACUGACGGCACUGCAUCAGUGCUGCAUCGACGACAAUGCGGAAAUGUUGAACCUGCUCCUCGACUACGGUGCGAACGUGAACGCACAGGACAGCGAAAGGUGGACCCCGCUGCAUGCGGCCGCAACCUGCGGACAUUUGAAUCUGGUAAAGAUAUUGAUAGCACGCGGUGCCAACCUGCUGGCGGUCAAUGCGGACGGUAACAUGCCGUACGACAUCUGCGACGACGAGGAAGCGCUCGAUUACAUCGAAGCGGAAAUGUCGAAGCGGGGCGUUACGCAGGAGUUGAUCGACGAGACGCGAGCGGCUACCGAAACUCAGAUGCUGCACGACCUGCAAGACAUUGCCCUGCAGGGGGGCGAUUUAGAGAUACCGGAUCCGCAGGGUGCAACGCCGCUCCACAUAGCAUCCGCCAACGGGUAUACACGGGUCGUCGAGUUCCUACUGGAGCAUCACACAUCGACCGAUGCUGUCGAUAACGAUCUCUGGACACCGGUUCAUGCCGCAGCUUGUUGGGGUCACCUGGAAGUCCUUGAAAUGCUUGCCCAAAGCGGAGCCGAUUUGAAUGCCAAAAAUAAGAACGACGAAACACCUUCCGAUAUUUGCGAAGAUCCAGAAAUUCGAGAACGAAUAGAGCAGCUAAAGACGGAGCAAGAAAGCAAACGGUUAGCAGAAGCGCAACGCAAACGUGUCCGGCGGUCGCAGAGUAACAACACGAGGGCGCAAUCCGUGAGACGAACAUCACUGCGCGAUAAGGGCCUAACGACCAAAAAGGAUGCUGUAGAGGAGGCUCGUUUCCGACUACAAGCGCAAGAGGGAUACACAACCCCGGACGGUGUGGCAGCGGCAGCGGCCACAGCAACGACGAUCGCAACGGCAGCCGCGACAGCAAACGGUGACAAUAACAAUCAGUCAUCGUCCACCGCCUCGGUUUCAUCCACCUCCGUGCGCACUAACGCAUCCUCCCAGCAUGCCAACUCCUCCGCAUCUUCUCCAUCCUCCUCCACCAUCAACACUACCACCACCACCACCACAAGCACGUCCAACCACACGACCACCAGCAGCAGCACCACCAUCAUCAGUAACGGUAGUAGCAAUAACAAUAACCUGCCCCAUCACCUUCAUCACCAUCACAAUGGCAACAGCAACGGUACCACGCCCGCCCAUCUGAACAGUGUAAAUAACAACAGUCUCCCGAACGGCACGAACGGUGGACCGAUCAUGAACGGCGGCGGCGGUGGUGGUGGUGGUGGUUUGAGCAACAACGUCCGCCACAUGAACAGCAUCAACAACAACCAAAGCAGCCUGCAGCGUCACCAUCAGCAGCGAGGCAAGGCGACGGGCUCACCGGUCGGUGGUGGAUCGCCCACGCUCAAUCAGUACGAUCGGCGCUCGCCGGACGGUAAGGAUAACGAUGAGACGUACCUGAUCGAGUCGAAGGGAUCGGUAGGGUCGGCGGGCCUGAACCCGCACACACCCGGUACUGGUGGUGGUGUUGGUCUAGUCAGCAAUAAUCAUAAUAGCAAUGGUGGUAUGGGAGGUCAUCAUCAUCUGCACCAUCACGGUUCGGUUAACAUUCCAGCGAACGGGGGCGGCGGCGCCCUGUCGGCGGCCACGGUUACCGGUGGCAGUGCUGCGGCCGCCGUUGCCGCGACCACCACCGCCGCCGAGGUGUACUCCACGUCCAACAGCGAGAACGGCAAGAUCAACGUCCAGGUGACGGUCCUAGUCGAUCCCUCUGUCGCAGGAACGCUGGCCGAUCUGAAAAAGCACCGGUCACAGAACCGCUCCAGCGUCAGCCCAGAAAAUGGUUCCCUGCUCAGCGGUACCGCCCCAAGCCUUGCGGGCAGCAUCGGCAACGGGGGCGGUACGACCACCCCGAACGGUGCCAGUUCCGGUACGCCCCUGGAACUGUCGCUCGUAUCGAACGACCUGCAGCAUCAUCACCAUCACCAUCUGCAUCAUCCGCAGCAUGCGUCGCCACAUCUCAACAAUCGGCACCAGCAGCAACAUUACGGCGAUGGCAGUGUAAUCGGAACCGGAAACGGAUCUCUGCACGGUUCGGUGGCGGCAAUCGGGGAAAGCGAGGCGGGCACACCGGGUGGUACGCUGUCGAAGUUUAGCGGCAAUACCAGUGACGUCGUGAGCGACAGCACACGAUCCAGACGCUGCUGCGUGGUGAUGUAAGGGGACCGCAAAAAGGUCGUACUCGCACAUACACACACACAGGCGCAAUUGUUCGUUGUGCUUUAAAUCAUUCGGAAGGAAAUAGAAGGCGUCACGGAGUGAGUUCUCGCAGGACGACCAGCGUAAGCAUUGAACGCUGUCACACGAAUGAAUUAGUGUCGUCAGCGCCAUCUAUGAAGCAAUAGCGUAAGCUACUGCGCGUACAGACAGCAUGCUGUGAGUUUGCAAAGCGUCAAGAACAACAAUGCUGUCAGUUGAUGGUUCAGAGCUAGGAUAGCAAAAGUAAAAGGAGAACAGCAAAAGCAACGAGAAAAGGACUUCGUAUUCGUUAUUGCACUUAACAAACCGACUGAGAUUGAAAGCAAUGCAGCAGUACUUACUGGAGAUAGGAAAAAGCAUAACAAAGAUUGGUAUAUAAUAUGAAGCAAUCGUUUUUGUUCGAAGCAAACUAAACAGAAAAAGGCGACCUACUCGUAAUAUUCUAAAACUAAAAGCAAAAGGAUUCAUCGGAAAUGAAUAUAAAACCAAAUCGAUAGGGAAAAAACUAACUACCUUUCAAAAGCAAAGGGGAAACUAAUCAAAAAGUACUUUUUCGUUGAUGUAAAGGCGCGAACAACGCACCAGCAAGGUGAUGAUCAAAAAUGUGAAAUGUAAACGAAAGAACUGAACAGAAGCACAUAGCUAGAAGGGAAAAGGAUUGAAUGAGAUUGAAAAGGAUUAAAUGAGAGAGUGAGAGAGAGAGAGAGAGGGAGAGAGAAAGAGAAAGAAAGGCCUGUAAACCACAAAGUGAAAUGGGAAAGAAGUCAUUUGAAAAUGGGUAGCAAUUAAUAUUUUGUUACCCACGUACACGGUACACAGACGUUUUUCAAUUGUGAUGGUCCGUUGAUGUUGAUGGUCCACAUCUACAAACCGCCGGAAAGUGCUCCCCGAGGUUGUACAUAGGAAUUAUUGUUAUUUACAUUAUUACUAUGAUAGUAAUUAUUAUUGCUGCUAUGGCAAACUCAUCUUUUCGCCCAUAAUCCAUCGGCCACACAACUUAAGCCAAGUGCAAGAAGGGGCACACAAAAGUGAAGAUCGAAACGACUCGACAAAGGGACUAUUUUGCUCCGCUCCCAGUGUAAGGGUGUCCCGGAUCGAAAGAUAAACUCCAUCAUCACAUAUUUAAUUAUUUCGUUUUUCGUAUUGUCACACACAUUUUGUAAGCGUUAGUGUUCAGUGGUAAUUGUCAUUAUCAUCCGGAUCGAUGAAUCGAUCAUCACACCCCAAUUAGUCUGACAUGCAGUACACGCAAAUGAAUGCUAAAAGUAAGCUAUAGACAAUUAACAAUUGUAGCAAAGCCGAAUACGUACGCCAAUGAUUAGCAGGUGUGUACACGUUUAAGACGACAACUGAAAGAAAGAUUCCUUCCUACGGCGUAAAGCACACAGGCAAACACACAUCCAUAAAUCAUACAUAAAUCCGUAUGUGAGAUGUAUUCAUAUAUACAUAUUAUAUAUAUAUAUAUAUAUUAUAAAUAGAUAGCGUUUAGUGACGGCCGGCCGGCGAUCGCCGAUCGACCCGUGUGAAACGUGUUCGCAAAAAAGAAAAGCAAUGUGAAAAACAAGCAAAACAAAACAGAGCCAACGAGAGAAAAGAAAAUAUA